AAACACAUGAGCCACCUCGGUGUUUGAUGACAGCCCCUCCACGACUGUGCUUACAUGACAUUUGGCAACAAGGUAGCGUGCACGAUCGGACGGAUUUCGAGUUUGCAUGUUUACGUCGAGUGGUCCCGGGGAGUCACUCCCUCAUUCGUGUCAGAUCCAUUUUUCUGUCCGUUAUGAAAAGUAAAGCUUCUUACUAGAAAUCAGUCGAGAGUCCCUUGAGCCCCGCAGAGUGAGUGAAGAGUGAAACCACAGGUCCUUGUUGGUGCUGUGAUAAUGUCACCUUCUUGUACCCUUGUAUCAAGCCUAUUUUCAGCUGAAUUCCCACUCGAGUACACUGGCCAGCAUCCAUAAGAUCCACCACACGUUGCACAGGCUGAACCUGACAGAAGACGUUGGGCAGGAUAGCCACCCCCCAGCUUGUUGCUCCAGAGCCAUGCCUCCUAGGAAAAAGAGGAGACCCUCUGCUGGAGAUGACAUGUCAGCCAAGAAAAGUCGCCAGGACAGUGUUUUCAGAAAACAUGAAACGCCACAAAUUCGAGAGGAAGAGACGUUUUCUAGUAAACGAUGCUUGGAGUGGUUCUAUGAAUAUGCAGGCUGUGACGAUGUGGUGGGUCCAGAAGGCAUGGAGAAGUUCUGUGAGGACAUCGGAGUGGAACCAGAGAAUGUGGUGAUGCUGGUUCUUGCUUGGAAGCUGGAUGCCCAGAGUAUGGGAUAUUUUACUCUCCAGGAGUGGCUGAGAGGCAUGGGCUCACUGCAGUGUGAUUCCACAGAGAGGCUGAGGAGCUCGCUCGAUUACCUGAGAUCGGUCCUAAACGACAGCACCAGUUUUAAGCUCAUUUAUAGAUAUGCUUUUGAUUUUGCUCGGGAAAAGGAUCAGAGGAGUUUGGACUUGAACACAGCAAAGUGUAUGCUGGGGCUUCUUCUGGGAAAGACGUGGCCUCUGUUUCCUGUGUUUAAUCAGUUUCUAGAGCAAUCGAAGUACAAAGUCAUCAACAAAGACCAGUGGUGCAAUGUUUUAGAGUUCAGCAGGACAAUCAACCUGGAACUCAGUAACUACGAUGAGGAUGGUGCCUGGCCGGUUUUGUUGGACGAGUUUGUGGAAUGGUACAAGGAAAGACAAAUGUCCUAGCCACAGAGCAAAGUGGAGAAAUUGACAAAAUAUACAACUGUGACAACAACGACUUUGAGAAUCAACAACCAAUAAGUUAACAAUACAAAAAUGGUAAGGCAGUGACAGUGGGAGCUUCCUAGAAAAGGAGGGGU